GACCGUCCGUGCAUCGCACUCGCUGCACCUGUCGAUACGUAACACCAAAGGGAGCGAGGACAAGCCAGCACCGUGUGUUCCCGGCCUAGUGACCUGACCUUGGAUCGGUCCGACCAGAGUUUCAACGUACUCUCAGCCCUCGCCAUGCAUGGAUUUUGAACUUCCAUUUCCAAUACGAGAGUCUGUGAAGCUAGGCGCGACGCAGAACGGAACUUCAACAAUGUGAACGUACAAACAAACGCAAAUGCCCAACAAGGCACGGCCUCGUCAAGAGUGGUCUCCUCAAUCCCUCUUAGAUGUCUUGUGGAUGCCCCGCUCCGCUAUGAGGCCGGCCGAGGGUGACGCAUCGGAUUGCAUUUUGGUGGUCGGCGUAUCUAGAUCGAAAAUGGCCGUCGCUUUUUUAUCAGUCGCCCUGCUGUCUCUCUUUCUCACCUUCCACAUACUUUAUGACAGCGCCGUUUACAGUCUCCACGCGGUUUCCGCCGUCGAAGGACGCACGGUCGAGCUGGUUUCUCAGGUACACGCGACGCCGCCUCUUCUCUUCUCCAACUCCAAAGUUCACUUCCCGCGCACGAAUCGUCAUCUUCCUCAGGCCAUUAUAAUUGGCGUACGCAAGUGCGGCACAAGAGCAUUGCUGGAGAUGCUCUUCCUGCACCCGCAGAUACAGAAGGCUGCCGGGGAAGUUCAUUUCUUCGAUCGCGACGACAAUUACGGAAAGGGUCUGGAAUGGUACCGUCGGAAAAUGCCCUACUCCUUUAAAGGCCAGAUCACCAUCGAGAAGAGUCCUAGCUACUUCGUGACGCCCGAAGUGCCUGAGAGGAUCCGCGCGAUGAACGGCAGCGUCAAGUUGCUGCUGAUCGUACGAGAACCAGUCACCCGGGCGAUAUCGGAUUACACGCAACUGCGCACGCACGCUGCAACCGCGUCCACAUUGACCAACGGUACGCCGCAACAACAGCAACAACAGCAGCAGCAAGUGGCGCGUACAUUCGAGGAGCUCGUUAUGCGACCCGACGGUACCAUCAACGAGUCCUACAGACCGGUCGCCAUAUCCCUCUAUCACACCUACAUGCAUCGUUGGCUGGAAGUGUUCCCCAGAGAGCAGAUUCUCAUAGUAAAUGGCGAUCAAUUGAUCGAGGAUCCGGUGCCUCAGCUGCGCCGAAUCGAGAAUUUCCUCGGGCUGGAACCGCGUAUCGGUCGGCACAACUUCUACUUUAACCACACCAAGGGCUUCUACUGCCUGAGAAACGAUACUUCGGAGAAGUGUCUGAAGGAGAGUAAGGGAAGGCGUCAUCCGCGUGUCAGUCCGAUGGUCGUGACGAAGCUGAGGAAGUUCUUCAACGAGCACAAUCAACGCUUCUACGAACUCGUCGGAGAGGAUCUCGGUUGGCCGGAGGAAUAA